AUUUAUUUUUCAGCAGGAGAUGUGGGACAUGUGGAUUUGGGAAAUGAAUUCAUUUGAAAAACCACUUUGGGGUUAUGAACGUGUUUUCUGAUGAAACGGAAUUGGAAUAAUUUUCAUGAUAUUUGUAUAUUUAUACAUAUAUAUGUAUAUAUUUUAAAAUUUUGCAUUUGACUUAAAGUGCCAUGAGAAAAUUUGCAUAUUGCAAGGUGGUCCUAGCCACCUCCUUGAUUUGGGUACUCUUGGACAUGUUCCUGCUGCUUUACUUCAGUGAAUGCAACAAAUGUGAUGAAAAAAAGGAAAGAGGACUUCCUGCUGGGGAUGUUCUAGAGCCAGUACAAAAGCCUCAUGAAGGUCCUGGAGAAAUGGGGAAACCAGUCGUCAUUCCUAAAGAGGAUCAAGAAAAGAUGAAAGAGAUGUUUAAAAUCAAUCAGUUCAAUUUAAUGGCGAGUGAGAUGAUUGCACUCAACAGAUCUUUACCAGAUGUUAGGUUAGAAGGGUGUAAAACAAAGGUGUAUCCAGAUGCUCUUCCCAGAACAAGCGUGGUGAUUGUUUUCCACAAUGAGGCUUGGAGCACACUUCUGCGAACUGUCCAUAGUGUCCUUAAUCGCUCACCACGACACAUGUUAGAAGAAAUUGUUCUGGUAGAUGAUGCCAGUGAAAGAGACUUUUUGAAAAGACCUUUAGAGAGUUAUGUGAAAAAAUUAAAAGUACCAGUUCACGUAAUUCGAAUGGAACAACGUUCUGGAUUGAUCAGAGCUAGAUUAAAAGGAGCUGCUGUGUCUAAAGGCCAAGUGAUCACCUUCUUAGAUGCUCACUGUGAGUGCACAGUCGGGUGGCUGGAGCCUCUCCUAGCCAGGAUCAAACAUGACAGGAAAACAGUAGUAUGUCCUAUCAUUGAUGUGAUCAGUGAUGAUACUUUUGAGUACAUGGCAGGCUCUGAUAUGACCUAUGGUGGAUUCAACUGGAAGCUCAAUUUUCGCUGGUAUCCUGUUCCCCAAAGAGAAAUGGACAGAAGGAAAGGUGACCGAACUCUUCCUGUCAGAACCCCGACAAUGGCAGGAGGCCUUUUUUCAAUAGACAGAGAUUACUUCCAGGAAAUUGGAACAUAUGAUGCUGGAAUGGAUAUUUGGGGAGGAGAAAACUUAGAAAUUUCCUUUAGGAUUUGGCAGUGUGGAGGUACUUUGGAAAUUGUUACAUGCUCACAUGUUGGACAUGUGUUUCGGAAAGCUACACCUUACACAUUUCCAGGAGGCACGGGGCAGAUUAUCAAUAAAAAUAACAGACGACUUGCAGAAGUUUGGAUGGACGAAUUCAAGAAUUUCUUCUAUAUAAUUUCCCCAGGUGUUACAAAGGUAGAUUAUGGAGAUAUCUCAUCAAGGCUUGGUCUAAGGCACAAACUACAAUGCAGACCUUUCUCUUGGUACCUAGAGAAUAUUUAUCCUGAUUCUCAAAUUCCACGCCAUUAUUUCUCUUUGGGAGAGAUAAGAAAUGUGGAAACAAAUCAAUGUCUGGAUAACAUGGCUAGAAAAGAGAAUGAAAAAGUUGGAAUUUUUAACUGCCAUGGUAUGGGGGGUAAUCAGGUUUUCUCUUAUACUGCCAACAAAGAAAUUAGAACAGAUGAUCUUUGUUUGGAUGUUUCCAAACUCAACGGCCCAGUCACAAUGCUCAAAUGCCACCACCUAAAAGGCAACCAGCUUUGGGAGUAUGACCCAGUGAAAUUAACCCUGCAGCAUGUGAACAGUAACCAGUGCCUGGAUAAAGCCACGGAAGAGGACAGCCAGGUGCCCAGCAUUAGAGACUGCAAUGGAAGCCGGUCCCAGCAGUGGCUUCUGCGAAAUGUCACCCUUCCAGAAAUAUUCUGAGACCAAAUUUACCAAAAAAAAGGAAAAAAAAUUAAGGAUUGACUGGGCUACCUCAGCAAACAUUUCUGCCACAUUCUUAAGUAGCAAAAAAGGAAAAGUGCUUUCCUGCUCUGUGGGAUGUAAGGUUUAUCAGCCAUUAACACUUAGACUUCUAGCUUUUCACUAGCUGUGAACCAGCCUUCCUGUCCGAGGACAUGAAACUGCGUACUGGUGAGACUGUGCACACUGAUGUUUACAAGAUCAAAAGAGUCUUUCAUCAAGAAUCAAAGAAAUUGUAAGGAAUAUUCAGACAAUGAAACAAUCAAGAAGAUGGGCUUUCUGGAGAGCUGGACCGUUGACGGUUUGCUUACACAUCAGUAAUUCCUACUGAAUGUGCUGUCAUUGUGAACAGACUGCCAGGGUUUUUUGGUUUUUUUCUGAUUAGAACUGGUAGAACCAGUAUAUGAAAUAUUGAUAUAAAAAUAAAUGAAAAGGAACUGGAACCAGAUUCAGUAUCAUGAAGACAACAUUUUUACAACAAUAAAAAAGAAAACUAUAUUACACAGGGUUUAAAGAAAAUUAAAUCAGAACUAUGAGAAGUACAAUUUGUUAUAAUGUAUCAAAUUUCUAUAUAGAUUUUAUACCUCAGUGGGGAAAAAUACUGAUUCCGAUGACAUUCAUUUUGUUUUCAUCCGUGAUAGUCAUGGAUUGUUUUUUUUUCCUUGGGGUGCUGAAACUGAGCUGAAAAAAAAAAAAGCUCUUCAAACAUAGAUUUAAUUUCUACAACUUUUUUAUUUUAUUUGGUUUGUGGGCUGUGGGAAUUGUAAUAUUUAACUGCCUUCUAAAAAUGUCUGGUCUCAACUGAACAGGUUAGGUAUCAGUUGCUCUUGGGUCAACUGGCUUGUAGACUUUUUUUACGCACACACAUACACACACAUUAUAUUUUCAACUUCUUAACUAGAUUCAUCAGAGUAUGCUUAAUACCCAAGAUUCAUACUACUGUACCACAGAUUUGUUUUCACAGCAAUAAAUCUUCGGUUCUUUGUUCAUGAUUCCACUCAACAAAAGGCCUGCAGGAGUGAUUUAUUAUUUGGGUAUUUGGAGAUGAUCUAUUUGAUGGUUUUUUUUGAAAACCUUUUUCACUCCAUACUCAGAUGUACUUCAUUGUCGAGUGCAUAUUUAGAUUAGAUUCUUGAAUUGUAAUGUUGAUCUGCUGCUUUUUUUUUAAAUAAAAUUUUAUUGAAAAUGUUUAAUUGGCAUUUUUUUAAUGUUAGCCAAAGAAGUGCAGCUGUUUGUAUUUCUAGUCCUGCAUUUCUUCCCUGCAUCAGUUUUCUUUUUCUUGAUUUUUUUAAUACCACAGAAUAACCUGAACAUCAAUUAAAAGUUAAUCUUUUAAUCUUAUAGAAAGAAAAAUCUCAGUGUGACAUUUUUCCUGAUACUUAAAACAGUCCAUCGGCUCCAGGGCGUGUAUUAUUCCUUCCUGUUUGUAAGAUUAUAUUUAAUGGUAUUCUUUUCUUUGAUUAUCGGAGGCUUUCACUGCAGGCAGUGCUGUUUCUCGUACCUAAGAAUGUUUCUGAAGGUCACAUCCUUGAUGAUACCUGCCAAGUGGAGUGUACACAGAGUUCCUCGUAGCCUAGUCAGGUGAACUUCUAACAUCAAGCACACGUUGAUGCUUUGUGGGGAGCUGUGAUAGAGUAUAUAAACUUUGUCCCCAGGAAAUUUGAAAUGAAGCGGGUGCUAGAUGGAUUUUUUUUUUUUUCCUGCUCCAUGAGCUAUGUUAGUUCUGUCUUCAGUAGGCCUAAUGCUUCAGUAAACCAUAUGUCUAAUCAAUAAAUUAUUUUCAUGCUCAGAAUUUCAGGUUUUGUACUCUAGUGUAGCUUGGACUUAUUCCUUACUGUAAGACAGCUUAACAGCAAUGUGAUUUAAGGUUUUGUUUUUCAAUUGGGGGAUGUGUGUGGUGUAAGUCAUGGGUACUUUUUAGAAUCUGAUAGAUAAUCCCAUUGCCUUUAUUUUUCUAAUUAAAAUUUCCUAAGUACUUUGAAAAUAUAAAAUCUUCCUGAAUA